AUGAAAAGAGGGAAAGCGUUCUCCUGCUCACUCUUAAACUACUUCCUCCUAAUUACCACAGUUUCCUCCGCCGCCGUGGAUGAUAACAGAACAUGUGGCCAAUCUUCGUGCGGCAAAGUUACUAACGUAAGCCAUCCUUUCCGGCUGAAGGAUGAUCCACAAAACUGUGGCGAUCCGAGCUACGAGCUGGCUUGCGAGAAUAACAUCACCGUGCUAUCUUUGUUACCGGGGAGAAACUACCAUGUUGAAUCAAUAAACUACAACAACUUCACAAUCCGACUCGUAGAUCCCGGCAUCUCAGGGGAGGAUUGUUCCACGCUUCCUCGCUAUUCCUAUUUCGGGACAAAUCUUCAACAAUUAUCAUAUGACGGCAUUCAAGAACGAGAGGCUUAUUUUCGUAAUGGCUCCACAUCAGGAACGGAAUAUGUAACAUUAUUCUAUAACGUGGUUUUCUUGGAGUGCAGCAAUCCGGUGAGGGACGAUCCACGAUAUGUGGACACUGCCCCUUGCAUUAAAGAAGACCAUCAUGUUUAUGCUGUUUUUGGAGACUUGGCGGUAGUUGAAUUAAGAGAUGGUUGCCGUGUGAAGCUGUUUGCUGCCGCUUCAGCCUUAAUGAGCCCCGACCAAAACUGUUCAUACGCCGAGAUUCAUAGGACGCUCAAUUAUGGAUUUGAGCUUUCAUGGCUAAAGGGUGCUUGUGAACAUAAGUGUAAUAGCAGUAUGCAUUAUGCUUGCUCAAUCGACCAAACCGCUCAAAGUAGUCUCACUCUUACAUGUGUGGAGGAAAAGAUACACGGCUUAGGCUGUUACACAUCACUUCUGCAAAAAGAAUGUGGUAACAAUCUAUAG